AUGCCAGCCAGGGUAGCUUCGGCAACACCUGCGAUCAGCAAAGCUGUUACACCUGCUGCCACCACAAAAGCUUUGCCAAAGACCCGGACAGCGGCAAAAAGAAGUGCCGUCAGUGCUUCAACCUCAGCAAGGCCAGUAGCGUCCGCGACAGCAACGACGAAGACCGCGGUGACAGGCACUUCGCGUACGACUUCAGCCACGACAGCAUCGAGAACAACGAAAGCGACGUCUUCAGCAGCUUCGAGACGCUCGACGUCCACAGCCUCCGCGUCUUCUUCCACUCGAGCUAGCUCCACCACCACUACCACCACCACAACCGCUUCCUCUCGCACUGCGUUCAGCUCCCCCAUCACACCAGCAAGCGGGCCAUCUUCCUUGACAAGCAUGAGCGGCCCUUCAACGGCUAGAUCUGCUCGUGCUCGAACAGCUCUGAUGCCUUCCUCCGUCAAUGCUGUACCAGCUCCAAAGAGGGCACCAGCAACAAUCGUUAAGGAGACCUGGACUGAAGCGGAGAUUCUCGAAGCGCUUGCGAAACCUAAGACCUUUCCGUUGUCCCUGCCCCACUACGUGCUGCUCCAGCUGGGGACAACAGCCGACACGCUCCAGCUCGAUACUGAGAUAGGCUCUUCUCCGAACCUCGCGACUGCUCCAGAGAAGCUUUCGUCUGCUCGGAGCGUCUACUUCUCGAAGCAGCUUGUCAACGCUAGUCUUGCUUUUCUCUCAAACCUCACGAGCUCAAGCUGGUCGACUGCUACUGUCGAAACUCCGAGUGAAUCCUCUCACGUUCUUUCAGCCAUCAAAACCUUCCGCAUCGCGACGCGCUUCCUGCUGCUUCCCCGCGAUGUGAGCUCGGCAAAGCAGAAGCAGCUCGAAGUCGAAACCGUCAUUCUUCGCUCCUGCAACAAAAUCAAAGCUUUGGGUUUCGCCGAGACUGCUCAUGCAGACUGCUGCUACCUCGGACGUAUCACAGCAGGAACAGACGGGAACAGCUUCGGCUGCGAAAUCGUGGCUUCAAACAUGCUGCUUCCGCCAAUACCUGAUGACGCUUCCGCUACGUCAGAGCCUCUACCGACACGCAUCACUUUCCUCGUCAAUCUACAAUGCAGCAGCGCAAUUUAUGCCCUUGAAACUGCAUCUUUGUCGUCACUUGAUUCCAUCUUGAUAGACUUGAAUCACGAAAACGGCCCAUUAGCUUGGCAAAUGUACGCUCGACGCCAUGGAGGUGAACUUCGAAGUCUGGAUCGCGCUGCAUUCUCGAUCGAACGUGCCAUUUCCAAGGCUUUGCAGCGUCUAGAAGCGCCACACAGUCAGGAUUACCUUCCGUUGCGCACGCUUGCCUUGCAAAUGCUCGUCCAAGUCAGCGACAUCGACCUUUCUGCCUUUUGGGAGCGUGUCGCCCGUGCUGGAGCGUCCGUGCUGAAGUUGGCUCAGAACGCGGGUCAAGACAUUGCAGCCACGUACGAUGUCGUUCAAGACACUUUCGAAAUGAUCCUAGCCACAGCCGCCAACGCCAUGGACAACUCACAGGUAAGCAGUAAGAUCCAAGGCGAGGGAUUCCAGCGCUUCUGCGAGCUCUGGCUCAACAUCGCCCGGAAAGCUGGAAGCGCAGCUGGCGUAGAACGCGCCGCCGCUGCGAUGGCGGGUGCCGACACAAAUGACGCAAGGAGAAAAGAUGCUCGAUCAGCAGAUUCUCCUAUCGCAUCACAGGACUUGGAUGUGACCGACCCAGAAGCAAGCUCAGCAAGUCCAGCACCGGCUACGAUUUCGCAAACCAAUGACAAAGACAUCGUCCGUUUCUGUGCGAUUCUCACCGGCAGCGUACUUACGCUCGACAAGAUUCUGGCAGGCACCUGUGGAGCAGAUACGCAAGCCAAGCUCGACGAUGCUGCCUCAAUCCUGGAGUUCCAAAUUGGCACCUGGCCUGACACCGUAUCGAUGGCAUCACAACUCAAGCUAUAUCGUGUUCUAGAUCAGCUUUACCGUCGUUGCUGCGGCAAAUUGGGCCACCAAGGCACCAACAGCAAAGGUCAGCCGAAGCCCGACACUACAGCGCCAGCAAAUGUCGACCAACUCGCACGCGCCUGUUUUAAGCUCUUGACCAGCCUAUGCAAGUGUUCCAACAUAUCCCCUUCGGCAGAUCUGUUUUCCAAUCACAAGUCUACACCAGCGCGAACCGUAAGCCUCCCAAGUAAGGAAGCCUGCCUGACGGACAUCAUCUACGGCUUGAGAGUGCUCGGCAACAAGCUCUUCUUGAUGUCGUCGCGCAGUGCCCGCGACGAAGCACUUAACGAGAUGAAGAAAGGUCGGGACUUGCUGCAAAGCGACCUGGCCCAAUCCCUGCCAAGGGAGACGCUCUCGGAACAACUUCGUCUCCUCAGCAGCAGCUUCCAAAAUCCUGCAGGUAUUCUCUACAACGCCUCAAACUACGUCGAAGCUGUCGAGUUCCUCCGUCUUGCUGCCGACUGUGACCACGAUUCGAUACAACUAUUUCAGCAAGCUGCUUGUGACAGCUCGUUAUCGCCGGCUACUCAGCAGGAGCUCGAGCAAAAGUUGGCUCAACGGCAAGGAGAGCUCAGCAAGAAACUCAGCUACACCGCGGUGUCAUACCGAUUCGCUGGCUCGAAGCUGGAAGCGUUGCAGACGUUCAGGCAAGUGCUGCUUUGGACUACGCCUGCUGUCCAAGAGCAAAUCGCUCAACUCGCUGGCAACGACAGCAUCGUCGAGUGUUUCAAGUUUGCAGAAUUGAAGGUCCUCAACAACGCCAUCAAAGCUGUCGUCGAUAUUUCCGUUCAUGAACUUUCCUAUGACCUCGACUUGAACGAUCAGGAACACAGCAUGACCAACUGGCUGCUGAGGUGCACGAAGCUCGAACCAGGCGUCAAAGGUGCCAUCCUGGAGCAAGCAGCUCACUUCCUGGGUGAGCGCUCGCAUCUUUCAGGUUCAGCUAAGGCGUUGUCGAACGUUCAUCGAGCGCUACUGCAGAUCUACGACGCCGACGCAUUCCCACUUCGUCGCGCAAGGACACUAGCCCAACAACUGGAGGUGGAUGUGUUGUCACACACGCUGCAGCUCUCGGAAGAACGUGUCGCUCAGAUGGAAGAAGAAGCAACGGCUUGCCUCGACCGCCAACAACUCGAGCAAGACGAAGGUUUGCGUCGUUUCCUACCGCAGUAUCGCACUUCCGUACUACUAUCAACUGCCCUGCAUCUUCGCUUGCGCAAACCUUUCGAGGACCCCCAAGCUGUGAUGACCAGAGUGGAAGACGCCUGCAAAGGUCUCGCUUCCGCUCUGGUUGCAUCUUGCAAGGAACCAGCCACGCCACAAGCGUCGCGCACUUCGCCCAAAGCAGCAGCAGUGACGGCUUCAGUGACACCAACCGUCAUUAGUGCCUCUCGCAGAACGGCAGUUGCUUCUACCAAAUCUGCUACUUCGACACGUAAACCACUUGGACAGCGCUCGGCUCCUCCUCAAGCUGCAGCGACGCCUGCUGCUGAGCCCAAGACGCCGCCCUCCAAGACUGGCAAGCUUGCUUUCAGCACGUCUACAUUUUCUACGACUCGCCAAUCUCCCCAGACGACCUCAAGCAUUCGUGUCAGCAAUCUCGACCGAAUGCAUCAGUUUUUUCAGUCUCUCCUAACCUUCCACGAGGCUUUCUCUGCUCUUGCGUUGACUCAUUGCAGCAUCCAGAUUCUCAGAGCUGUUCGUCAGGCAACUUGCAACGGCAGCCCAGUGGCGCCAGGGUCCGAAGAGGUCUUUUGUCGUGCAUCUGCCGACCUCGCACAAACCUAUCUCGGCCUCGGCAAGAUCAGCCGGGCGGACACCGUUCUAAGAUCUGCUCUCAACGUCUUUUCAGAGGGCAAGAUCUCAAGCUUUCCCACGAACAAAGUGGUGCUAGUGUCGCAAAACAUUCGCUUCCGAUGCCUGAUGGUGCAAGCAGAGCUUCUCUGUCAUGAGCGUGACCUUGUUGGUGCACAGGCGCGGUUCAGUGAUGCACUCAAGCUUGCCAAAACACCAAGCAGAAGUGACAAAACGAGCCUCAACACGAUGGAACGCCUCGAACAGAAAGACAAGCAAGCAGUGGCCUUCGCGGUCUGCGCCCGUCUGCAACUGGCACGAGGUGACCUCGCAUCCAGCCUCGAGUCGACCAACUUGGCGGUGCGCCAAUUUGUGCGUCUUUGCACCCUCCUCUCCCGCAUUGCGCAAAAGACACAAACACAUGACUCCGACGAGAUUCAAGCAGCUUCUUCUGAUCCACCGGCGCCCUCGAGUGAUGUUGUGAUGGAAUUAAUCGACAAGACGAAAAAGCAAAAGAGCAAAGAACAAGAACAAGAGCAGCAGGAGCUUCCCAAGUUCUGCGGACCUACGUUCACCAGCUUCUUCUGGAGAGCCAGUAGCGCUUUGAUGGACGCGUAUAUGCGCCUCAGCAGGUUGCACAGCGUUCGCGGCACGGCCCUUGAUGCCGAGGCUUUUGCAAGUGAAGGCAUCGACUUUGCCACUAGCAUGGGCUUUGCUUUGCCGCUUGCUUGUGCUCUCAUCUAUCGUGGCGAGCUGCGACUCCAACUCAACCAGACCGAGCGGGGUCAGCAAGACUUGUCCCGGUGUCUCAAGAUCCUGCAAGACACUUGGAUCCCGGAAGCCAUCUCGCUGUCCUCUGUCCAGGGCGACUGCCUCAUGCGAAUCGAGCAGCUCGGCGAGGCACUUCGCUCCUAUGUCGCUGGCGAGGCCACACUCCGAUCGCUCAGCACGGCUUUCGCCGAUACUGAGGUCGCAAUGCCUUCGCCCAAGGCUCAAAUGCAUCACCGCAGAAAGUCCAGCACAACUUUGCCUGCUGCACAGAUGCGUGCCAGACUGAGCAAUGGCUCGAGCAUUGAGGCGGUUCUUCCCGAUCUGCAAUUGCGACUCUUGCAGAAACAGGCUUGGACUUUGCACCUGAUGGGCGACUCCGAAAAAUGCGAAGAGGUCGCUGAGAAAGCAGCCUUUGUUAAGGAUGGGCUGUCUAGCAUCGACACUCGUGUUGAUCAGUUCGUCUUGGAGGGCAGAAUUUCACUGCGGAGGGCACUCGAGCAUCUUAAAGACGACCACUUCUUCAGUAUGCUUCCCGAAGCUGCCAUCUCAAUCCCUAUGGUCCCUUCGGUCAGCGUACGCACACUUGCAGCCAUACCAGGCUCGAAUCAGGCCAUCUCGGAAGAGACCGUCAAGACGGCGCUCGGCAUGUUGACGCCGGCGGACUCGGCCUUCCGUGAAGCGCUUUCUCUGGGAACAUCGCACUCGCACUCGCUCGUGUUGCGUGAAGCAUUCGCCAGUCUCGCACAAGUCUACACUACGCAGGCAGCUUUGGGUAGGAACAUCAAGAUGGCAGCCAACACUGCUGCUGCAUUGCUUGACUGGGCUUCGAGCGUGUCCGUCCGCCGCACCUUGCUGACCUCCGUCUCUGCGAAGUUGAAGCCUCAGACUUUCGCAGUGGAUGACCAGGAAUGGCCGAGCCUGGGCGGCGACGAUCAGAUUAAUGCCAGAGGCACACUUAUGGUGCGGGGACGUGUUGAAGAGAGUCAUGGUGACUCUGAGGACGACGAGGAAGAAGCGCUACCAAGUCGCCUCGCUAAACUUUCGCUGAACAAGACCAAGCGCAUCUCUAAGGAACCAAUCGCCCCAUCGGCGAGCCCACUGUCCGCCUUUUGGCAGUCCGUUCUAGCGCGCCAUCAGCAAGCACAGCAUGAUCCUGCUUCCGUCAAGAAUCUGCUUCCACGCAAUUGGACUGUCAUCUCGAUCACGAUCCGACAUACUGACAAUCAGAAUCUCGUUCUGACGCGACAGGACGGCGGUGGCGGCAUCGACGGCUGCAGUGCCAAGGAGGCGGUAUUGUACAGCCUGCCAAUGAAUCGUCGCAGUCAAAGAGACGGCACGGAGGAGGAGGAGGAGGAGCUGACGCUCAAGGCGGCGCAGGAGAAGCUUAUUGAGCUCGUGCGUCUCAGCAACGACGGCAUUCACGGCAUGAAGGAGGUGCAGAGCAUUGAGGCACGACGACAGUGGUGGAGUGAAAGACAGCGAAUCAACGACGAGCUGCGAGACCUGCUCCAAGGCAUUCAAGAUACAUGGCUUGGCGGCUUCAAGGGCGUCUUCUCGGAGCCUACGUCGGAUGCUCGAGCCAACACGGCACUACGAGCUAGAUUCGAGAAGAUCGUUCGCCGUGCUUGCUUCCCGACUGCCAACAAGCGGCCAAGUAAGCUGAAGUUGGACGACGCUGUCUUUGAGUGCUUUGCAGGUCUUCCCGCCGACUGUACAGAUGAGGAUCUGGAGGACCUGGUGCACUAUGUCAUGGAUGCAUUACAGUUCAGCGGCUUUCAGGUGGCAGUGGAUGAGAUCGAUCUGGACGAGACGGCGAUGGACCUGCGCGGAGCUCUAGAAGAGUUCCACGGAAAGAAGGCGCAGUCAUCGCCGAACAAGACCAGCAUGGCUUACGUCGCAGUGGAUGAGGAGGAAGAGGUGCAAGAUCAUCAUAUCUUCUUGGUGCUCGACAAGGACGCUUCGAUCUUCCCUUGGGAGUCAAUGCCGAUCCUACGUGGCAAAGCCGUCAGUCGUAUCCCGUCGAUGGCAUUUCUUCAAGAUCGCAUCGAGAUGGCCAAGAUCUCCUGCCACGCAGGCGAUGCGGAUGAGGAGGAGAAUGUCGAUAUGGAUGACCACGAGUUGAGCCCGCUACAGAAGGGCAAGCAAGCACAUUCUCGAUCGCGCUCGCGCUCGCCCACAAAAGCCUCGCAAACUGCGAGACAACCAUUGGUCGGCAAGAAUAGGAAUGCUACGCAGCAGGAUGGCUUGGACGAUGCAGCCAAGAUGUCAGCGUGGCAAGUAGCGUUGCGCAACGGCAAGCUCUUCAGCAUGUCUAAGCGCAAGACAUUCUAUCUUCUCAAUCCGAGCGGAGAUUUGCAGCAGAGCCAAAGUCGGUUCCAGCCGUGGCUUGAAGGGCGGGGUGCGACGCACGGAUGGAAGGGCAUCAUCGGUCGACAACCCAUCGUGGAUGAGCUGCCAGGUGCGCUUUCCUCGUCAGAUCUGGUGCUUUACUUCGGGCACGGUGGUGCAGAGCAAUUCAUUCGUUCAUCCAGAAUUCGCGAACUGAAACGAUGCGCCGUCACCAUGCUCUGGGGCUGCUCUUCGGCUGAGCUUCAAGACAACGGCGACUUUGAUCCCACUGGAACACCGCUUAACUACAUGUGCGCCGGUGCACCCGCCAUGGUCGGCAACCUGUGGGACAUGACGGACCGAGAGCUCGACUCGGUGUGCGAAGGUGUCUUUGGUCGUCUUGGAUUGAUGGAAGCUCGCGAACGUGGCCAGGUUGGCUCAUCGGCACGCAACAUCAAAGUGGACAGCCAAGGUAAUCUAGAGGCAAGUCGACCACCGACCGAGAUGUCACUUGCUCGUGCCGUCGCUGAAAGCCGCAAUGACUGCAGAUUGCCUUACCUCACUGGCGCUGCCACUGUUGUCUAUGGUGUGCCUGUCUAUUGGAAUGAUCAUUAG